AUCCCAUUUCCCUCUCUAAUAUUGCCUUUUGCCGGCGACAAAUUCUUUAUUAGAGGUCAUUUAUGAUUUACCAUCUGAACCGACCAAUAACUUUGUGAACUGCUUGUCUCAAGCAUCAUGUAUUGCCAAAAGUGCCGCUGUCCACUUAGGCCGGAUGACACGUUGGCAAACCUAAAUCCAGCGUCGUUCAAGCUACUUGCCGAGGCAAGCGGAGAGCUAACGACCUCGACAACCGCCGGCCCCGCAACUGGUACUGGGGCGGGCAUCACGCUAGAUCGCCAUGAGCACUACGUCAAGGCCUCAAAGGAUGCAAGAACGCCGGCUUUCAAAAGAGCAGUGACGUCGAAGCCAAGCUAUGGAGGAUCCCAAAAUCUACCAGGGAUGGCAAGGAAUAAUCCCGCAAUGUCUUUCGUUAUGCUAUCCGACUCUCAGGUGGCGCCUCCUGCGGAUGUCAGUGAUAUGGGAAGAUCUCCUAGGGGUCCCACAAGACGUCCAGUCGAUCCGGCGGCGGAUCAAGCUCACUUACUCUCAAGCCAAAUGAGCACAACCGAUCGGUUAUUUGAGAUUCUUUCGGCACGCUCCGACAUCGAUCACCCGAUUUGCGUAGAAUGUACCGAAGUGCUCAUUGAAGGCUUGCAGCAAAAGUUGGCGACCGCAACGAAGGAGCGGGACGCCUACGUCGAUUUUUUACGACAGGCCAACGCCGAUGUCCCAUCGGAAGAGGAGCAAAGGCAGGCUCACGCAGAGUUGAAAGCUGCUCAAGACCGAGAAGAGGCGGCCUUCACGGAAUUGGAGGGGUUGGAGCACAAGAAAGCAGAACUCGAUGAAAAAAUCCUCGCAUUGGAACUAGAGGGACAGGAGCUAGAUCUCGAAGAGCACGAAUUCUGGGCUGAGAGAAACGCAUUCGCCGAUAAACUGUCAGCGUUCCAAAACGAAAAGGAUCGAAUCAACAAUAAACUUGAUCACGAUACCAAGCAGCUUCACAAGCUGCAACGGACCAGCGUAUACAACGACACGUUUUGCAUCGGCCACGAUGGCUAUUUCGGCACUAUCAACGGUUUACGCCUCGGACGCCUUCCUGACAAAUCCGUCGAAUGGCCGGAGAUCAACGCUGCCUGGGGUCAGACUUGCUUAUUGCUUGUCACGGUUGCAGAGCGGCUUGGCUACUCGUUUAAAGGAUAUCGCAUCUGUCCCAUGGGAUCCCAUUCCAUCAUCGAGCGCAUCGAAUAUCCUCAAACGCGGUCAAACGCCGAACAAUCGCACGCAUCGAAGCCGAAGGUCACCCACCUCGAUCUCUUCUGCACCGGAGAUGCUCCAUUAGGUCUGACGCUCUUCCAUCGACGGUUCGACACUGCCAUGGUUGCCUUUUUGGAAUGCUUACGGCAACUGGGCGAUUUCGUGGAGAGCGGUCAAGCACGACGACCGUCUGGCAGUUCCGUUCAGGCCAUGAAGCUGCCGUACAAGAUCGAGAAGGACCGGAUCAAUGACGCAAGCAUCAAACUGGGGGGGUUCAAUCAAGAGGAGUCGUGGACAAAAGCGUGCAAGUUCACGCUAAUUUGUUGCAAGUAUCUACUAGCUCAUGCUAGUCAGAUGUCAACUCAGCCCGUAUGAUGGAUAGGAACCAACGAUAUUGGUU